AUGGAGCACUCCCAGCUACGGCUGUACGAUGGCUAUGAGGACGUGUAUCAACUUAAGUACAACAUCGGGGAAGCCAUCCAGAAGAAGACAAGUCAAGCAUGCGAGACUGUGGAGACCGACGGGUACUUCCGCUAUUGCGAGAUGGCCUACGAGACGCUGCGCGAGAAUGAGCCCCCUGCACGGAAGCUUGUCUUGAGCGGGAUCACCCGCGAUAUUCCGCCCACAGCAUUCACGCUGAAAUUCGCCGGUUUGUAUCCGCCAAGUUCUAACCUAACGAACGCAGUGCCGCUCUGGUACAUACAAAUAGCCUCAGGCUACCCGAAAACGCUCAAAGAAAAGCAAGAGCAAGCAAUUAUUGAUGACACAUACCAAAAGAUCAUUAACGAUCUGUACGAGGAGGACGAGUGCAUUGGUUGGACGUUUCGACCCUUCAUUGACAAGCGUUUACGAGAAUCAAAGCCGAAGAUUAGCCACCAGUCCUUUUUCUAUACGCCUCCACUUCCCCUGCUCCCUACCAUCGUCCGCGGCUCCCCGUCAGACAGCUUUCCGUUCUUUCUGAACCUGACGUUUGGCGUGAACACUUUUUCGACUGGCACCACCGUCGAUUUCACCUUCCCGCACGUGUUAUUCAGCGGGAAAGGGGCUUCGGCGCUGAAUCGCUACGACCCCUUCCUGCGCGAGUUUCUCGCAAGUGCGCCACCGGAGCUCAGAGUCACUGAAGUUGACGGGAGGACCUCCGUCAGAAUCGCCGAUGUGCGCCUGCGACGGCAGACGCCACUCUCCUUCUACAUAACAGUUCCUGCACUCGCCGCUUUUGGACACCUCAGUCCGGUAUGGAGCCAGCCUUACGGUCCCAAAGAGUACCUCGCGAAGCACGGAUGGGGCCUCGUUGUAAGAGACAAAAAGAACAGGGAACUGCUCUCCACAUUCAGCUUCCCCACCCCUGUCUACAGUCGGCGCAUGAUUGGAGGCGUCGUGGGACCCGAGUUUCAGCGGUGGGGCAAGAACAAAGAGCUCGAAAUGGCACUCAUCCGGCUGUUCUUCGGCCCGGAUCUGCCGCAGUCCAAGCUCCGCAUUGUCGUCAGCGUCAUGUCUAACCCCCUCGACGCGGUGGACGGGGUCGUGAUGAAUCGCAAGGACCCGUCGGUCUGCACAGCGAUUCUGCGAGGGCCUGACGCCCUCAUUGUCCACGUAACGUGUCCGGAAUUGGCGCAAGAGACAUAUCAAAUUGACGUCUCCAUGCAAAAUGGAGAGCGGAGGUUCCCAGUGGGAUGGUAUGUGGUGGGAGUCGUCCCUCAGCAGAAUCCUGCUGAUAUCGCCUGGCUCAAAGUACGAGUAUUUGAUUCCGAAAAGAAGAAGCUUUAUGAGUCCACGCUCUUGUCCGACCGCCUGCAGCGAGUCGUGCAGCAGGAGCCGUGCAUCAAUCGCUUCUCCAUUCAGCGAAUCAAGCACCCAUUCACAGGCUACACCUCAAACAUUAGGCUGACGUUUCAGCUGUUCAACUGCUUCAGCCCCACGCAGCCACUGCGGCCUCUGCCGCAGCAAACAGAACCACUCGAGGCUCGAGUGCCCCCAGAGGAUGGCUGGUCCAACAAAGAGUACUUCAGUAAUGUCAACGUCAUCCGACCUAAUCGUCCAGACCAGCGCGCGACCGGAAGGGCACCGCUGCGUCAAGCCAUGGAAAACCUCGCCCAGCAUGGCGGUAGCGGAACAUGUUCCACAGUCAAAGGCCCAGCAGCAGAUGUCACGUCCGUCUUAACGGACUUGAAUCGGCUUGACCCUCCUCAUAACCUCAACCUGAUGAAGCAGCCGAGCUUACUUCCCUCUUCGCCCACGCUGGCUGCAGCGUCUGUGUACUACAACUUCGCUACGCGGGACGAGGCAGGCCUCCCGCGCCCGCCAGCCAUGCGCAAGGACGCCCCGGCUCAUCGAAACCCGAUGUCGGUCCACGUGGCAACGAGAGACACUGGAGAAAUGAAGGAUGCCAAGUGGACUCAUCCAAGUGCUCGCAUUCAUGUGCAUAUUCUCGUCGACGAAGUGGCUUUGAGCGAGGAGGCUAUGAACGCGUUCAAGCGCUUCAUCGCCAGGAAGAUACGAGAUCCCAAAACGGGCACUCUCUGCCGAAAAGACAAGAACGUGUUCUGUUCUGUCUAUUCUUGGACCCAUGCGAGUAAAGCAGUCGCGUGGGACACAGAGACUCCUCUGGCUGAGUCUGACUUCUCGGAUGACAGCAUUUCUCCUGACAGCGGAGCCUGGGACGUCUUCAAUCAGCUGAGGACUCUUGUUAACCACGCCACAACAGUCAAGUGUGGCGGCAACGCGGCUCGUAUGAACUGGGUUAUUCUGAUUACCCACUACAUUUCGGCGAUGAACUAUGAGCUUGAAGUGACGGCAGCGAAUCCAUCCGUCUACACGCUCCACGAGAGGGAUGCGGAGCCUGUGCAUGCGGUGGUGAUUGGAUGGAAUCCGGAACUGCCAGAGAAACCAAAGUUUCUGCAGGAGCGCCUAGAGGCUUUGCCUUUUUCGGAUGUUCGCCGCGUUUUCGUUGGCGCCAUGCAAGACACGAGAAUGCGGGCAGUCGCUCAGGAACCCGUGUUCAUAACAUUCAUUUUCCCCGAGACCACUCAAUACCUCGCAGGCCAUGUCGCGGCUAUGCAAAACUUGGAAGAGCUGUUAUUCCUUAUUCAAGAAGAAUAUGCUGACAGCUUCGUCACAGUAGAUAUCUGUCGCCACCCGCUGCCACCUGAAGGAUACAAGUUCGGCGACUACGUUAAUACCCGAACAAGCUCUGAGGACCUUGUCCGGCCUAUCGAUCUUCUGUACAACGGAAUCGUGUUCGAUCGAGUAAACUGGACAAUAUCGCGCGCCGAGGUCGGAGUGUAUACGGCGGCAAAGCUCAGCUGGCAGUUCGAUAUGGCGUGUGACGGGGAGCUGGCGAAACAGGAGACGAAGUAA